CGAUCAAGCAUGGCAGUGCCGCAACAAGGCGAGCCCACAGAGGCAGAGGCCGCCGGCAUCAGCAAGCGGCAGGCAAAGCGACUGGCAAAGGCGGCUGCAGCAGCUGGCUCAGGCGCCAGCAGCAGCAGCGCGGCCGGCGGGCCGAGCAGCGGCAGUGCAAGCACUAAGGUCAAGUCGACACCGACGCCGGCGCCGGCGCCCGAUGCCGAGUGGGAUGCUGCAGCAUUUGAGGCGUCGUCGGUACAUGCCGUCUACGACGCCAUCGCGCCGCACUUCAGCUCGACGCGGCAUAGCCCAUGGCCGCUGAUUCCGCGCUUUCUCGCCGGCAUGCCGCCCGGCGCGCUGGGUGCUGAUGUCGGCUGCGGCAACGGCAAGUACAUGCGCACACGUGGCGAUGCAGCGCUGCUGGGCGUAGACCGUAGCGAGCCGCUCGUGCGCUUGGCGCGCGACAAUCAUGAACCGGCGGCGCCGCGCAACGGCGUGGCGGUCGGCGAUGCUCUCGCCUCGGGCCUGAGGCAUGGUGCCUUCGACUACGCCAUCAGCAUCGCGACGAUCCAUCAUCUGAGCACGCCUGCGCGGCGAGCCGAGUCGGUUAGGGAGCUCGUCCGGCUGGUGCGACCGCUGCCACAGGGACAUGUAGCUAGUGACGCAGAAGCACUGGGUGCGCCGGGCCGCUUCCUGAUCUUCGUGUGGGCGCUCGAGCAGCGGGGCCAAGAGCGGCGGCGCUUCGACGAGCAAGGGCGCGAAGAGGCUUCCACGGCGUCCAAAGCCGCAGAUUCGGCGCCUGCAGAAGACGACAUGCAGUGGCGCAAGGAUCAAGACUUGCUCGUGCCGUGGGUCAUGCAGCAGCCGUCGCAGCCGCCAGCUGCAACAGACGAAGGCAAAGGGCGCAAUCCGCCGGACCGCACCGACGAUGCGCCGGUCUAUCAGCGCUAUUACCACGUGUUCCGGGAAGGCGAGCUCGAGGCGCUCGUCGACGACGCCGCUCAGACCAUGCCUGCCGUCGAGGUGCAACGCCACGCCUCAGGCUGGGAGCGCGGCAACUGGUGGGGCGUGUGGGACGUGCGUGAAGCAGCACGGUGAAUGAUGGUAUUGGUGUCAGAAGGGAGAGUGGCGGGCGGCGUGUGCCCUGCAAUAGUG